GUGCAGAUAGGAUAAAGAGACAUAAAUGACGAACGGGCGCAUCACCCUCUAUUGUCCCUAUGAUUUAUAUAUGGAGGGAAUGAAUAAGAGACUGCAGGUUGUUCACUGUUGGAUAGGACAUUCACUAUUGGAGACCAAUGCCCUCAAGGAACCUCGGUUUCACUGAGCCAGGCUGCAAGAGAAUGACCCCCAAAUCUACAUGCGCUUUAGAAAGAAGAAAUGGGACAUUUAACUCUAACUGGAGUUCAACAUCAGAUCUCGUGCAAGGAUUGAUGAUCACUAAAGAUCAACAAAUUAAACACAACAGAGAAUCUGAGCUGGUUAACGUAGACUUGACGACUGAAGAAUGCUCAUAUGUGUUUGUUAAUGAGAACACAAGAACGAAAAGCCAAAGAAAAAAGAUGCCAGGUAAAUCACCGAGCAAACAACGUGGCAAUCGCAGAAUGAAGGCGAACGACAGAGAAAGGGAUCGUAUGCAUAAACUGAACUCCGCCCUGGAUACCCUGAGAAGCGUCCUUCCAACUUUUUCUGAAGACGCGAAAUUGACAAAAAUUGAGACUUUAAGAUUCGCUCAUAAUUAUAUCUGGGCAUUGUCAGAAACGCUGAGAAUUGCAGAUCAUGUUCGACAUAUUUCACAUCACGUUCAAGAGAACCUCCAAGUGGUGCCAAGUGGAUGUUUGGAUUUGCGUUACAGCGCACCAGACGAUUGCAUGUCCAAAUGGCACUCAUCGAUCUCACCAUCAAGUUGGCAAGAAACACAAGGCAACUACACAAAUUUAUUACUUGAGGAAUUUAACAGCAAUUUUCAAGAAAACUUGAAUUUUCGUUUUGCCAGAGAAAGCUUAUGCGAGUAGCAAGAUUUUUUCCUAAUCCAUCAAAUUUAGCAGAUUUGGUUUUUGCAUUGUUGCAUCUAUGCCUUCCAAAAAAAAAAAA